AUGACUAGGAAAUAUCACAUGACCAACCAAAAUUGGCAUCGUGGCGCAAAAAGUCAUAUAGCAAAUAAACAACAAUUAGAAUUAGAAUUACGAAAGCUAUCCCGAUUCAAUACAAAAGAAAUAAUUAAAGUUGAUGUACAUAUUACAAAAUUUAAAAUCAAAAAACAUAUUUGUAAUAAUGGCAACAUUAACUCUAGUAAUUCUCUGUCACCAUCAUCAACGUUAUCAAAUCAAACACAUCAUAAAGGCCAUUCACGUAAAAGAUCGUUAUCAGCUCCUACUGCACCUCUUCCAUCAUCAGAAAUACAAGAUAUUCCAAUUCAACGAAAUCCAAAACAUUCGUCACAAUCAUCACAACCACCAAUGUCUUCCGAGGAAUAUCAACGUAAACUGAAUGAAGAAUUGGAAAAAGUUGACUUUAAUGACAUUACUGUCAGUGAACUUAAAGAUUUGUUAAGACAACGUAAUAAACCUGCUACUGGCAAAAAAGCUAUUCUUAUGAAAAGACUUCAAGAAGAAAUCAAAUUGCAACAGCAACAACCAUAUCAACCAAUGACUACAUCUCCAACAAUUACUAAUAAUGGAAUGCUCAAUUAUUAUGAUGUAAUGACAAGUAAUAAUACUAUGACAAGUGAUUGUUUUUCUUCAUUAUUACAACAACUAAAUAUUCAUGAUCCUAACAAUGCAAUUUCUCACCAAGGUCUUUUCUUUCAAGAUCAUCCAAUGUCUGCUCCUGCUACUAAAACAGAAUUCUUUGUUUCUUUAGGAGAUAAUAAUGUCAUUACUGCUGACAAUGAUGAUGAUAUUGUUAUUAAGGAUGAAGAAAUGAGUAAUGUAAAUAAUCCUGGUAGUGUUACUGCUAUAAUUGAUUAUGAUGUUUACCAUCAACAACCUUCAUCUGCUCCUCCAAUGAUGACAGAAUUCAAUAAUAAUUAUGAGUUUAUAAAUCAUCAAAUACACAAUAAAUCUUCAUUGUCAAUUAUGGAUGAUGGUAAUGAUGACAGCCAAAUGAUGAUGUCUGAUGAUCCCACUUCAUCUGCAUCAACAACCUCACUAUUAAAUGAUCAAUUAGUAGCUAAUGGAAU